AUGACAACUAAACAUGGAAUUGGCGUGACAGUCAUUAGUCACGACAGUGAAAGCAGGACAUCCGUGAAAGGAUAUGACGGUCAGGGUACUUAUUUACGGGAUGUUCGUUACGCAAAAGUGAGCCUCUCUCAGCUAGCAAGUCUCACCAGAGUCUCAUCGCAUUGUGAACAGUUUAUCAAGUAUGAGUGUUACGGUUCAGUUUUGCUUAACAACAACAACAAAUAUGGAUGGUGGGUGUCACGUGAUUCUACUAAGAUGCCGUACUGGGGAGGAGCAUCUGGCAAUGGUAAGUGCGCAUGCAGGAUGACUAACUCGUGUGCAAACCCCAGUUAUGGCUGUAACUGUGACAAGAAUGACUAUGUAUGGCGUGAAGACAGCGGUCUCCUCACUGACAAGACCAAGCUUCCUGUGAUACAAAUCAGGUUUGGAGAUACUGGUGAAGGCAGCGAACAAGGUUACCAUACCCUCGGAAAAUUGAAGUGCUUUGGGACAGCAUAA